AUGUCCACUGGAAUACGACGGCGUCACGUCGAUGAGCAGAAGAAGAAUCUCUUAGAAAAAGAAAACACUGAGAAUGAGGAGAGACAGAGAGAAUUGGAGAACGAUGUCAGAUUGCUAAGGCCAUUUCACUGGAAAAUCAUUGGCAUUUUCUACUUGCUGCUCAUAUUUGGCGCUUCGUUCCUUCACAAAUGUCUUCCAGAACCAAAAGAUCCAAAUCAAGAAGAGACUCAGUUCUCGGAGACACGAGCUGUAAAAGUACUACAAGAGUUAUCAGACUAUGGCUGGAAACCAGCAGGAAGUUAUAAUUGUGAAGAAUUGACAAGAAAUCGGAUAUUGAAAGAACUCAGUGAUAUCAAAAAACAAAACGUAGAUGAAGAAGAUUUGAGAUUCGAUAUUGAUACUCAAUAUGUAUCAGGAUGUUUUGACAUUCCAGCUCAUGAUACAGAAGGAAUGAAUAUUUGUUAUAGAAAUGUUUCGAAUGUGAUAGCAAGAUUAGGAAAAGGAGAAAAAAAAGAUAAGAUCUCGGUGUUGCUGAACUGUCAUUAUGAUAGUUGGCCAACAAGUAACGCUGGAAGUGACGAUCUCUCUUCCUGUGCUUUGAUGCUUGAAUUGAUUCGUCUCUACUCAAAAAAUCCACAUCAAUUGAAUCACGACGUCAUUUUCCUUUUCAAUGGAGCUGAGGAAUCAUCCCUUUUAGCUGCUCAUGGAUUCAUUACCCAACAUUCCUGGAGACAUGAAAUUCGUGCGUUCAUCAAUUUGGAAGCAAGUGGAUCUGGGGGUCGUGAGCUUCUUUUCCAGGCUGGACCUGCUAAUCAGUGGCUCUUAAACUCAUAUCUUGAAGCCGCAGUUCAUCCGCAUUGUAGUGUAAUUGGGCAGGAGGUAUUCCAAUCCGGAGUCUAUCCAGGGGACACCGAUUUCCGAAUCUUCAGAGAUCAUGGAAGAGUUCCAGGACUUGAUUUGGCUUUUGUUCAGAACGGAUAUUGGUGGCACACAGAAUUCGAUACGGCUGAAAGAAUCACUCAAGGAUCUUUGCAAAGAGCUGGAGAGAAUGUUUAUGCAACACUGAAUCAUCUUCUGAAAAGUCCAUAUUUGGAGAAACCAGCAGAAUAUGCAGAUAGGAAAACUGUAUUCUUUGAUUUCUUGGGAUUGUUUGUCGUAAUCUACCCACUCACAUUCGCUCAUUUCAUCAAUUUAACUGCGAUCAUUGCAGUUUUUGCUCUAGUUUCCCAUAGAUUCUACACAAAAACGUUCUUGACUUUCUUGGCUCUCCGUGAUUACAUGUUAACAAUCGUCACAAUUGCAAUCACUUUGAAAGCAAUGACAUUCAUGUCAGUAUUCACUUAUGGAGCAAUGAGAUGGUAUACAAGACAUUGGCUUGCUCUUGUUGCAUAUGGAUUACCAAGUGUUUGGGCAGGUCUAUCCGUUCAAGGACUGUUGACUGCUAGAUUGGGUCCGAAGAUACGUGAAGACUAUGGAUCUACAUUGGAAUUGAUUCAUCUUACUCUCAUUUCUGGUAUUCUUCUCGUCUUCACAUACUAUGAUGUGGCCAGUGGAUUCUUGUUCGCUCUGCUUCUGAUUCCUCUAAUCAAAUCUCUGGCUUCUAAUUUCGGAGCGUGGCCUGAAUGUCCAACUCUCAACACUGUUCUUACACUGAUCAUCUCUCUACCUGGAUGUGCUAUGGCCAUUUACACAACUGAAAUGCUUCUGUCCAUUUUCAUUCCAAUCAUGGGAAGAAGUUCUUAUAAUCCAGAACCAGUUGUAUCUUUCUUCGUUGUCUUUUCUGCUGCCUGCAUCGUUUUGUCACUGGGGGGAUUAGUUGCCAAGAGUAGGAAUUCUCGUCCAGUAAACGAGGCUGGACUCCUCGAAUUCGUUUAUAAUCUUCUCGGAGUUCUUCUCGUUACACUGACUAUCCUAUAUGUUUUCUCCAGUUUUUGGCCAUCUCCGUAUCGUUUUGAUGAAAAAUAUCCAACAGCCAAGCGAACUCAGUUCUUCCAUGUUAAUCAAAUGUUCUACGAUCGAAACAACCAACUAUCCGUGAAUGAAACUAGGUUCUAUGCAAUUUCUCAUGAUUACCGAGGAGCAGAAGACAUUCCAUUCGUGAAGAGUGAUCCAGAAUAUACUGGAUUACAAUGUCAUUACGAAAACAAUCCAUGGUGUGAAAUUCCGUUUUUGUUUCCCACAAAGGGACGAUUAAACGAUCGAAAUAUCCGAGUCAGAUCUGUUGAAGAACGUUUGAAAUUCAAACACCCAGUGAAAAUUCUGGGAAUAUCCAAAAAACAUGGAGUUGAUAUGGAUGAUGGAAAAGGAAAUAUUGAAUAUAGCUUCUCUGUUAUUGGAACUGGUCAAAUUUCCGUAUACGUAAUACCCGAUCCUACUUGGCUGAUCUCAAACACUUCUGCUUCCGAACCAAAAGAGCCACAGGAAAAUAUGUUCUUGUAUUUUACAUGUUCAACACCCAAAAAUAUAUGUGAAUGGAUGUUCAAAGUUACUAUAAAAAAAACAACUCAAACGCCUUCGGAUGAAAAACCUCUUCUUGUUGGAAUCUCUAGUCAUCAUUUGCACGGACCUGAAAUGCAAUCGGAAUCAAUCAAAAAUAUGAUAUCAAAGAUAAAAGAAAACCGUGUACAUAGUCCUGAGUGGACAGUUACUGCAAGUGCAUGGAAUGUUGAUCAAGUUUACAAAUAUUUUUGA